AUGAGGGCAGUGCCUGUGCCCGCAGUCGUGUCUGACUCUUUGCAACCCCGUGGACUGAAGCCUAUGGAGUGGGUUGCCGUCCUCCAAGGGAUCUUCCCCACCCAGGGAUCGAACCCACAUCUCCUGCACUGGCGGGCGGAUUCUUUACCACUGAACCACCUAGGAAGCUCCACAAAUGAAGGCAGGCAAACCUCUAAAUACUUGACUCAAAACAGAAGGCUCACUGAUCCAGCAAGACGUCACGAUGCGGGGGAGUGGGGCGAGGAGUCAGCAGGGUCAGCCUGCUCCAGUGUCUCCCUGACUCUGUUCAGGAACAUGAAGGCAAACACAGAAGGGCAUGUGCAGAGAGACACACGUGAUCACGCAAGUGAUGCAGAGGCAGUCCCAGACAAAAGACCGAGACAGGAGCCAGGCAGACACACAGACCGUGUAGACAGGCGUAAUGACAGGAACGCGUCAGACAAGGACUGA